AUGAGGCUUUUGGCGGGAUUUCUUGCUCUUAUUUCGGGGUUUUCUACUCGCGAAAAUUUGAUUGAGGGGGCGAAUGACUUUGGAUUGGUAGAGGAUACGUGCGACGAAUAUUUUCACAAUCAGUAUCUAUGGCCCUUGACAGACAAAUAUCCUGGUGCGAUCCGACUGUGCCAGAAUAUCGCCGGCAAGCCACACAAGUUCGCGACUCUUUACGACAUUCCAACUGGCAUUCCCGUCUAUUCUGCCUACAUCGGCAACCGUUCGCCGGACAAAAAGCAUCACGAUCGUCCGGAUUCGCGAAAAAGAUGGCCUCGUCUUUCGAAAUCGCUCUGUUUCGAUGGCGACUUUGAUUCGAAGAAAUCAUAUGCAUCCAGAAUCGAUCACGUGUACCACGGCGACUGGGAAUUUUGUGGAAAGCAUCAGACUGUGAAUGAUGAUUAUCUUGGUGAACACGACCUGAUCCACAUCGACCGAGGUCACGUGGACCCGAACGAAAUCAACAACGAAGACCCUGACGCCCAAGACACGACUUUCACUCUGACAAAUGUUGCCCCACAAGCUUCUAUCUUCAAUGGCACGGUUCUCAAUUUAAAUUAG